AUGGGUAUCGCGCUGACAGGAUACUAUGCGGCGAGCAAGGCAUAUCUAAUGAAGUUGGCUGAAGUGAUCAGUCGUGAGAUGAGGCUGGGUCAUCACGAUAUUGAAGUACUGGGUAUUCGAGUUGGGGGUGUCUGGAGUACAGGACAGAUGGUCGCUCCUGCCAAGGGAUUAUUUGCGCCUGAUGCGGUCACGAUGGCUAAAGCUGUGCUUGCGCGUGUGGGGUGUGGAGGGAUUGUCGUUGUGGGACAUUGGGCGCACGCGUUACAGUUUGAAGCUAUCUAG